AUGAGUAAUGAUACGGGCAAAUCACCCGUUGAACAAACUCAAUCUCCUACACUAAAUUCCGAAAUAAAAAUUUUUUAUUAUAUUGAUGAUCAAGAUCCUCCUUAUUUAACAAAAUUAAAUUUAACCGAAUUACCACGUUUAAAAGAUUUUAAAAAUGCUCUUGAUCGUAAUUGUACAAAAUAUAAAUUUUUCUUUGCAACAAAUGAUCCAUCAAUUGGUAAAGUUAAAGAAGAAAUAAUUAAUGAUGAACAAAUUUUACCAUUUGAUACACCAGAUCGUAUUCUUGCUUAUCUUGUUUCAAGUGAAGGUAGUACAACGUCAAGUGGUGGUGGUGGUGGAGGAAAUAAACAAUCUAAACAAAAUCAUCAUCAUCAACAUCAUGAACGUGAUGAUACAAUGAAAACAUCAACAACAAAUAGUUCAUUUAAUAUACAACAACCACGUUUACAACGUGCAAGUCGACGUUAUGGAUCAGUAAAUAGUGCUGAUCAACAAAAAUAUUUUCUUAAACAACAACGAGCUAUUAAUGAUGAUAUUACAUCAAUUCCAAAUAGUGAUAUAGAAUCAACAACCUUUUUAGAUGAAACAGAAGAUGAUAGAUGUUCAACUGUUACAGAUUCAACGACAAUGUCAUCAAGAUAUCAUGGUUAUAAUCGACCUCGUAGACGAAAACAUCGAUUACCACCUGGACUUGAUCGAGCUUCAUCAUUUAGUAGUCUUAAUUCAGAUUCAACCAUGACAUUAAAUAUAAUAACGGUAACACUUAAUUUAGAUGCAGUCAAUUUUUUGGGUAUUAGUAUUGUUGGUCAAAGUGAUAAAACAGGUGCAAGUGAUGGAGGAAUUUAUGUUGGAUCAAUAAUGAAAGGAGGAGCAGUAGCUCAAGAUGGUCGUAUUGAACCUGGCGAUAUGAUUCUUCAAGUAAAUGAUAUUAGUUUUGAAGGAUUAUCGAAUGAUGAUGCUGUUAAAAUUCUUCGUGAAGCUGUACAAAAGCCAGGACCUAUAAAAUUAGUUGUUGCUAAAUGUUGGAAUCCAACACCACGCGGUUAUUUUACACUGCCACGUCAUGAACAACCACGUCCUGUUGAUCCAUUAUCAUGGCUUGCACAUACACAAGCUGUACAAAAUACAUAUAACAAUCCUCAACAUCAAUUAUUACUUCAUCAUCAACCGAAUUAUCGACAAUCAAUACUUAAUUCAACAGCAAAUAUGAAUUCAACUAUAUUAAGUACAAGUAAUACAAUGGGUGAUAACGAAAAUUGUGGUUUUGAUCUAAAUUUAACUGUUAAUUCGGAUAUGGAUACAAUUGUACGAGCUAUGGCUGAACCUGACUCUGGUCUUGAUAUACGUGAUCGAGUAUGGCUUAAAAUACCUAUUCCAAAAUCAUUUCUUGGAUCUGAUUUGGUUAAUUGGCUGUUCGAACAUGUUGAUGGAUUUGUUAAUCGAAAUGAUGCUAGAAAAUAUGCUUCAUCAAUGCUUAAAGCAGGUUAUAUUCGACAUACAGUUCAUAAAUUGACAUUUUCUGAACAGUGCUAUUACAUUUUCGGAGAUCUUUAUUCGCAAGGAAUAUCUCAGUUAACACUUGACGAAGAACCUGAGGAAUAUGAAUCUGUUUCGGAUCAAACAAGUACUGAUCGUCGUAGUGGCGAUUCAUUAUUAAUUACACCACGACAAAAUACUGUAACAACAUUUGGUUUUGUCGAUAAAAAUAAUGCUCCACUUCAAUCACCUUCUCAUUCUUUACUUACUGAUACACAUAAUUCAGGUGAGAUAAGUUAUGCUGGUGUUAAAUCAUUUUCAGCAUCAUCAAAUAGUAAUAAAACUCGAAAACUAAUUAAUAUACCUAAUAAAUUACGUGCAAGUAAAGAAUCAUUUCAACGUGCGAUGACAAAUCCAUUACCACAAGAAUUUUUUGUUGAUGUUAUAUAA